AUGUUGGCCGGUGUUUUACUCGCUAUCCUUCCUAUCCUCGGGCUCGCCUCAGCUUCCGCUGUUCCUCGAGCAGUCACCGGUACCAUCCACCCUGCCAGCAACAGCAACCUUUGUAUCGCUGCUUCAAGCGCAACCGCUGGUGCCAGUGUAGGCAUCGAAACAUGCGGUUUGAACCCUUCUCUUGAAGCUUUCAACGUCACCUCAUCCCCUACUUGGGACAGGGUUAGAAUCGCCGUCAAAUUUAACCCUUCUCUCUGCUUGGACGGAGGUAGUAGAGCUCAGGGCGGAGAUGUGUUGACUCUCGGUACCUGCGGUGCUAACACCAACGGUCAAUUGAUCAGCAAAUCUACCGACGGCUUCCUUUCUUUCCAAAAUGCAUACUGCUUUCACAAGAAGAGCGACUCUGAGUUAGACAUUCAAACUUGUUGGACAAUGGAUGACCCCCUUAGAUACACCGUAUCUUAA